AUGACUUUGCGUAGGAAAUUCACUUUUGAUAAUCCUGAAGAUAGUUAUUGGAAUGAGUCGGAUUCAAAUUCUUCUUCACUUUUCGACGAUUUACAAUCGAAACAGGUAAUUUUAAUUUCCGUGAGCGUGAAAAUCGUUUAUUUCUUCAAAAAAUUCUCGAAGAAAAAUGUGUGUUUUAACUCCAAAAUUAAAGCUACAAGCACGUGCAGCAGUUGACAAUUUAUUUGGAGGAGAUGAAACACCAAAACCAAAGAAUCCGUCACCACUUCCACCUCAAACUUCGGAAAAAGUUCGAUUGACAAAGUAAGUAUUUUAUAUAUCUGAUUAAAAACUGAAUUGAUGUUUCAGUGCUUCCCCAAAAGCUUCUGGAAAGUUGGUGGACGAUUUUCUGAGUAUGAAAUUUGUGGAGAAAGUGAAAGUCGCGGCUCCAGCUGCUCCACCUUCAGUCGUUUCGGAAGCGAGUGCAAGUAGCUUGCCGAGCGAAGCGCAGAGAUUAGAUUUGGAUUAUUCUAGACUGAAAGCAGAACAUCGAAAAUUACAACAACAUCUUGAAGUGAGUAACUAAUUAUUUUUCAUAUAAAACUAAACAUAUUCAUUGUUAUUUAGACUGUUAGACAUGAUCGAUUUCGACCUUUGAAUGUAGAAAAAGCAAUUGAGCGUAUGAUUGAAGGAAAUGAAGUAUCUUUAGAUAAUUAUCGAUCUUAUAAUGAAAAACACCAACUUAUUGAAUCUGCUUCAAAUGUACAUGAUAAUAAUAUACUAUUCAAAGUCGUUAUAUUUCUCGAAAAAUCUCUCAAAGAACCACUAUUCUUCAAACUUAUGGCAACUCGAAAAGAAGCUUGUAGAGUUUAUGUAAAUUAUCUGCAAAUUUUGAAAGAAUGGGAUAAAAUGAAACAUUUUCUACGGGGAAUUGGAAGAUAUCAACAUGCAGCAAUUGUGGAAUUUGAAGCAACUCGAAAAUAUCGGCGGAAUCCAGACAAACGAGUUCCAUUAUUGAGGACUAUGUUACAUGGAAGCUUUUCGAUUCCAGAAAUGAAAUUCGAAGCAAAACAAAUUGAAAACCUUAUGAGAAAUUAUGAAAUCCAAUUGCAAAUCGAAAAAUACUCCAAUCCAAAAUCUGAAGUAUUUUCAAAAUUUCCAAAACAAUCUUCUUUGCUGGGUCUUCCAGCUUUAUCAACUUUAUAUUAUUCGGCUUUAUAUCAUUACGAUGAUCCACAAACCUCACCAACUUCGAUUAAUUUCAUUCGUCAAUCAAUUCGAUUCAACGAUCGUUUGGCGAUUCAAACAAUUGUAUCUAGUUUGGUUCGACAAAGCAGAUGGCCAGAUGUUGAUAAAUUAUUACAAGUUAAACCAUUGGCAGUUACUUUAAAUGCAGCUAAAAGUAGGUUUAAAGCAACACCCUCGUAUAAUAAGAUCAUUGCGAAAUGAUUUCAAACACCAAAAUAUAUAAAAUUAACCUAUUCAGCUAUACUCACAAGAAAUAUGAAAAAGAAAUACUCAAAAACGAUCAAGUUUGACCACUUUUGAGAAAAAAACUUAAUUUUGUUUGAAAAUCGCCUGCAGAUUGUGCAGAUCCGCAAUUUCAUGACAUUUGUGCAAACACUGUGACGACAAUUGUGUGCUACAGUACCCCUUUCAACUUUUUUCAACAAAAAGUGAAUUGUUUCACUGAAAACAAUGAAAUAAAUUAUAACAAUGAUUUCUGAACAUCCUUAACUAUCUCUACUUUCAUUUUUGACUAUGAUAUUUCAGUUUUAUAUUGCAUAUUCCGGUCAAAAACUGAAAAAACACAAUUUCCAUUGAAAAAUUUAGUUUUCGUCUGAAAUAUUGAAUCUUAGUGUUUAUACUUCUUCAAUUUAUUUUUUUCAUACCCAGAAAACAGUUUUUUCCAUGCAAAUUGUCAUUUUCCGAAAAAAACGGAAAAAUUUUGCGAAAAAAUAAAAAGAAAACAACGAGACUCCGCGUUAACGCUAGCCCGCGUUGUUUGAAUUUGAGUUUUUUCAGUUUUUCAAUGGGCUUCCAUAUUUCGGCUAAUACUUAUUGAAACGUUUUGAAUUUUUUCUCCGAACUAGAAAACAGUAAAACUAAGCUAAAUCUAAGAUUUGAGAACAUUCGGGCUUUUUUCAAGAAAGUGCCCAUUAUACGAGGGUGUUGCUUUAACUUUUAAAAAUAAAUACAUUGGAUAAAAUUAAUUUUCAGAUGUAUUCAAAGGCAAAAAAGUGACAAGUAAAUGGAAUGUAGCAAUAAAUAAUCAUAAUUUAUUGACAAUUAUUAAAAGAUCGCAUGCUGAACCACCACCAGAUGUAAUACAAUUUUUGAAAAAAAUCUUAUAAGAUUUUGAGAAAAAGGUUGUUUCUUUCAGUUUAUAUUUCGAAUUUUGCGCGGAGAAGGUGAUUCACAAGAACGUCUUCGACUUGCUCUUCUUUUCGAUGUUCCUGAAAUGGUCAUCGAAUGUAUGACACAAAAGGGAGAUCGGACUGCAUUGGCAUCUUAUGCAAAAUCAUUGCGACCGAAUUCAGUCGAAUCUUUCAAGGCUAUUGCAGCUCUCAAUAAUACUGUGAGUUUUUAAGUCUAAUUGGAGAGGUUUUGAUCACUCACUCGAUUUUUUCCGAUUCAACGUGGAUACAUUUAAAAAAAAGCUAUUUUAAAAAUAUUUUUGAAAAUCUGAUCAUAUUUUCCAACUAUUUUUGAAGAAAAAAAAACUGAUUUUUUCAGGCCAUCAAGUGGAAGUGA